GAUGACCACCUGCCUGAUUCAUGUCUUCGAAGCCACGAUGGUGAUCUUGCAAAGGAGUUGCGCUCCGACAUGCUUUCCCCUACGGUGCAGCACUCCUCUUGGAUCAAUACUCUGUCGUGGGUUUCAUGUAAGCCAUCAAUGGAACCGACCGUACAAUAUUCUCUUUUUCGGCUCGGAUGAGUUCUCGAUUGCGAGUUUGCGAAAACUCCGCGAAGAGCAAGUAUUAAACCCUGGAAGUAUAAUAUCACAUAUUGAGGUCGUAACGCCGCCCGACAACCCCCGCAACAAAAAGGCAGAAGUACCCCUCAAGGAAUUUGCCGUUAAAGAGGGAUUGACAGUUCAUUCUGCACCCCCGAAAACCCUUAAAGAUUGGACGAUUCCAAAUCCGUCCUACCCUGCGCCUUUCGAUCUAGCGGUGGUGGUAUCGUUCGGCUAUUUCCUUCCUCGUAGAGUAAUUGGAGCAUUCCCAUCAGGCGCCUUCAAUAUUCAUCCAUCGCUUCUUCCGAGAUACCGGGGAGCAGCGCCGAUUCAGUAUACGAUCCUCAACGACGAUAAAGAGACUGGUGUUUCCAUUAUCGAGCUCGAUCCACAACGAUUCGACGUUGGAGGAAUAUUAAAACAAACUCGCAUCGAGGUUCCACCAAAGGUGUUUUUCAAGGAUCUACAUGAUGCACUAGCGGAAGUAGGGGCCAAGGAUAUGCUGGAGACGAUCAGGGAACUGGACAAGUGUCAGGCACAAGCAAUAGCUCAGAAUGAUGGGGAGGCGACACACGCGCCCAAGAUACCAAAAGCUAUGGGAGUCGUGGACUGGCAGUUACCACGAGAACGAAUAUAUCGUCUUCAUCGGGCGAUCGGAUACAGAAUACCGCUACAUACCACCUUUAGGGGUCGUCGUGUCCAACUUCUUGCCUUGGACGAUCCGGACUCCGCUACGGGCCCAGGAAAAAAGACCCCCAACGACCUGCCACCCGGUGCCUUGGCGUUUGAUGACGAAUAUCACACUCUUUUCAUAAAGUGCAGCGAUGGCUGGCUUGCGUGUUCCAAGUUGAAGGUUGAAGGGAAACGAGCUCUUGGGAUCCGAGAUUUUGUGAAUGGGUAUCAAUUAGCGGAUGCGGCGCGCGAGUUUUUCAAGUGAUCGUGGAUAAGGUAGUGCGCUAAGAUGGUCAAGGAUAAGUCCCAAGAGGACUCAGCUGGAAGCUAGGUAUCCUUAUGAAGUCGACUUCUACGCAAAUGUAUAUAUACACAGCUCCUCAAGCAUCUAAUAUAUAACAAAGAAGGCUAAUGACUCCUGAA